GUUAGCCACGCCCCUUUCCCGGGGGUCGGUCACUGCGCGGUUGGCGGUGGGGGCUGGGAGAAGUCCGCGGGAGUGAGGCCGGAGGUGUUGGGGGCGCGUUGGGUAGAGCCACCCUCCUCCCGUGCGGGCCAGGCACCAUUAACCAAAUGGGAGGAAGCGGCUCUGGGUGGGUGCGGCGGCCACUGCGAGCCGAGCUACGGGGCCGGGGACGCGCCUGAGAGACUUGGGAGGGUACCGGGGGCGCGCCUUCCACUGGUCUCCUGGGCCUGGCGCCGAACGGAAAUUGGGAAGUGACGGGCACAAGCCGGAUCAUGGAGCGGGGAAGAUUUCGCCACUUCCCCACUUCCUCCUCAGAAGUCUGUCAGAGCAAGGGAAAAGGGAAAAGGUGGGGGCUGAACCCCACCCCCCCAAGGCCACCGUCGUGUUCCCUCUCGAUGAAUGCUCCCGAGCGGAAGACUACGCGUUUGUUCACAUGGAGAAGGAAGCAGAUGCCAAAGCCGCCAUCGCGCAGCUCAACGGCAAAGAAGUGAAGGGCAAGCGCAUCAACGUGGAACUCUCAACCAAGGGUCAGAAGAAGGGGCCUGGCCUGGCUAUCCAGUCUGGGGACAAGACCAAGAAACCAGGGGCUGGGGAUACGGCAUUCCCCGGAACUGGUGGCUUCUCUGCCACCUUCGACUACCAGCAGGCUUUUGGCAACAGCACUGGUGGCUUUGAUGGGCAAGCCCGUCAGCCCACACCACCCUUCUUUGGUCGCGACCGCAGCCCCCUGCGCCGUUCACCUCCCCGAGCCUCGUAUGUGGCUCCUCUGACGGCCCAACCAGCCACCUACCGGGCCCAGCCCUCAGCGUCACUGGGCGCUGCCUACAGGGCCCAGCCUUCUGCCUCUCUGGGUGUCGGUUAUCGGACUCAGCCCAUGACAGCCCAGGCAGCCUCUUACCGCGCUCAGCCCUCUGUUUCCCUUGGGGCCCCAUACAGGGGCCAGCUGGCUAGCCCUAGCUCCCAGUCUGCCGCAGCUUCCUCGCUUGGUCCAUAUGGUGGAGCCCAGCCCUCGGCCUCGGCCCUCUCCUCCUAUGGGGGUCAGCCAGCUGCGGCUUCUUCGCUCAACUCCUAUGGGGCUCAGGGCUCCUCCCUUGCCUCCUAUGGUAACCAGCCAUCCUCUUAUGGGGCGCAGGCUGCCUCUUCCUAUGGGGUUCGUGCGGCUGCCUCCUCCUACAACACCCAGGGAGCAGCUUCCUCCCUAGGCUCCUAUGGGGCCCAGGCAGCCUCCUAUGGGGCCCAGUCUGCAGCCUCUUCACUAGCUUAUGGGGCCCAGGCAGCUUCUUACAGUGCCCAGCCUUCGGCCUCUUAUAAUGCCCAGUCUGCCCCAUACGCUGCACAACAGGCUGCUUCUUAUUCUUCCCAACCUGCUGCCUAUGUGGCACAACCAGCUACAGCUGCUGCUUAUGCUAGCCAGCCAGCUGCGUAUGCUGCACAAGCCACUACCCCAAUGGCUGGCUCCUAUGGGGCCCAGCCAGUUGUUCAGACCCAGCUGAAUAGUUAUGGAGCUCAAGCAUCAAUGGGCCUAUCAGGCUCGUAUGGGGCUCAGUCAGCUGCUGCGGCCACUGGCUCCUAUGGUGCUGCAGCUGCCUACGGGGCCCAACCUUCUGCCACCCUGGCAGCUCCUUACCGCACUCAAUCAUCAGCCUCAUUGGCUGCUUCCUAUGCUGCACAGCAGCAUCCUCAGGCUGCUGCCUCCUACCGUGGCCAGCCGGGCAAUGCCUACGAUGGGGCAGGUCAGCCGUCUGCAGCCUACCUGUCCAUGUCCCAGGGGGCCGUUGCCAACGCCAACAGCACCCCGCCGCCCUAUGAGCGUACGCGCCUCUCCCCACCCCGGGCCAGCUACGACGAUCCGUACAAAAAGGCUGUCGCCAUGUCGAAAAGGUAUGGUUCCGACCGGCGUUUAGCCGAGCUCUCUGAUUACCGCCGUUUAUCAGAGUCGCAGCUUUCGUUCCGCCGCUCGCCGACAAAGUCCUCGCUGGAUUACCGUCGCCUGCCCGAUGCCCAUUCCGAUUACGCACGCUAUUCGGGCUCCUAUAAUGAUUACCUGCGGGCAGCUCAGAUGCACUCUGGCUACCAGCGCCGCAUGUAGGGCCAUCCUGGGACAGGGCUCCACAGGGAGGGAAGGAGAGGAGAGGUGGGGUAGGGUGCAGGCCCAGGUUGUAACCACUGGCCCAUACCUCUCCUGUUUGCGGUUUUUCAUCCCCUCUACCAUGUGGGCCUUCCCCAGGAGACGAUCCUUUUGAGUGUUCGGCAGUAACCUACUUUAUUCCUUCGCCUCAGCAGCGAAUCUUGCUACUGGCUCUAGAUCUGCGGUUCCCCUCUCCCCUGCCUCCCAUCUCCCCAGGAUGGGAAUUUAUUUUAUGUUUUUAUUUUUUUCCUGGCUCCCUUUUAUUUUUGUGCGCGAUAUUUAAGGUCGUCUGGAUGGGGAAGCAACCUGCAGCUGAGGUCGGCGGCGCCUUUUUCUUUUUAGAUGUGAGGGAGGCCAGGAAAGGGUUAGCUUAACCAUUUCCUAUGCGCCAAGCUGUGCCAGUUGUCCAGGGGGCCCUGACUUUGUCCCUCUGUAGACUGUGUUGAGACUGAGUUCCUGUUGGGACAGUUGGUUGGUGUAUGUCCAGAUCCCUACUGACCCCUGAUGUUCUAGCUGAUGAUGUGCGGCACAGUCCACUUCCCCAUCUCCCCAAGUAGGUGGUGUUAGAAAACCUUAAUUUUUUUUCCCUUUUGUAUGGACUACAAAUAAAACUUGGGGCGAUUUGCAGUUUGGAAA